UGUCCACUCCGGUAUUUGUGUUUAUCUCCUCAGUACAAAGGGCGGGUGUGUGCAGUCGAAACGGAAAAGUUUUUAGUCGCGCAAGGAAAAAGAAGACCGCUGCAGUUAGCAGAAAUGAUUGCGUCUAGUUUCAGGGAUUGUCAGGCUUGGAGGGCAGAGGGUCUACCAUUGUCCACAUCCAGCAAUGAGGCCUGCAAAAUGUAUGAUGCUAUACUCACACAGUAUGUAACUUGGCGCAAUGAUGAGAACCUUGGAGGAGUCGAGGGAUGCAUGUCUGCAGUCAAGUCCGCUGACCCUGACUUUGUGAUGGGUCAUGUGAUCAGCACGGGGAUGGAGCUGGUGGGGACAGGGAGUUCGGUUCUUCUGAACGAGCGCCUGGCCAGCGCGGUGAAGAGGACUGUAGAGCUCGGCCAGAUCCAGCAGGACAUUACCACCAGGGAGAGGCUGCACGUCAGGGCCAUGGAGCACUUCUCCAAGGGGAAUUUCCCUAAGGCGUGUGAUGUUUGGGAGGAGAUCCUGGUGGAACACCCUACUGACCUGCUCGCCCUGAAGUUUGCCCACGACGGCUUCUUCUACCUAGGGGCCCAGAUCCAGAUGAGAGACUCCGUGGCCCGGGUGCUGCCUCACUGGAAGCCCCACAUGCCUCUCUAUAGCUACCUAAAGGGCUUAUAUUCCUUUGGACUUCUGGAGACUCAUUUUUAUGACCAGGCUGAGAAAAUAGCUAAAGAGGGCCUGGCUCUAACCCCGGAGGAUGCCUGGUGUGUCCACUCUGUAGCCCACGUCUACGAGAUGAAGGCUGAGGUGGAAAAGGGCCUCAAGUUCAUGGAGAGCACAGAGAAAGACUGGGCGGGAUGUGACAUGCUAGCCUGUCACAACUACUGGCAUUGGGCACUAUACUUCAUCGAAAAGGGAGAUUAUGAUGCAGCUCUGAACAUAUUUGACAGCCAGGUGUCUCGGCGCGGUAGGGCUUCAGGGGCCAUGCUGGACACUGUGGACGCCUGCUCUCUACUCUACAGACUGGAGAUGGAGGGUGUGUGCGUGAAGGACCGCUGGCGGGAGCUGCAACAACUCACAGAGCCCCACACUGACGACCAUGUGCUGUUGUUCAACGACCUCCACUUCCUCAUGUCGUCGCUGGGAGCCAAGGAGUCCGGGGGAGCGGCCCAGUCCCAGCGCCUGCUGGAGGGCCUCCGGGAGCGGGCCAAUGUUCCAGAGGAGAACUACCAGCACCUGCUGGCUGGCAGCGUGGGGCUGCCCAUGUGUCAGGCCCUGCUGGAGUACGACCAGGGCAACUACAGCCGUGCCGUGGAGCUCCUGCAGCCCAUACGCUACCGCAUGAUGGAGAUAGGAGGCAGUGACGCGCAGAGAGACGUCUUUAAUCUGCUGCUGAUUCACGCAGCAAUGAAGUCAGGAGUGACUCAUCACCAGAAAUUAGCCAGAUGUUUGUUGGUGGAGCGUGAGGCAACGAAGCCCAACUCGCCCCUCACUGACCGGCUGAUCCAGAGAGCCCAUGUCCUGCAUGCCUAACCUGGGUAGCCUGGGUAGAGGGCCUAAAGCUGGAUGUCACUGAGUCUGGA